AAAUAUGUCAGGUCUCCCCCUCUCAGAGGAAUGGACCAGUCGAGCGUGUAUGACGGAGGAGGAGUGACAUCACACCAGUUUUCCGCAUCGCGUGAAUCUCUUGUCAGUACUGAAGGGAGCAGCUGUGCUCCUCGUAUCAUGGCAGACACACAGCCCGAUGCCUCCACUCAGCCGGAGCUGGUGGAUGAGGACGAGCCCUUCUUCAGUAGCCUGGACCUCCUCCUCUUCUCCCUCAUCGCUGGCCUGCUCAUCUACUGGCUCAUAUUCCGCAGAAAGCCUGAGCCCAUCCCAGAGUUUAAGAAACUGGAGACUGCGACUCCAACAACAAGGGACACCAGUUUUAUUGACAAAAUGAAGAAAACGGGCAGGAACAUUGUGGUGUUUUACGGCUCACAGACGGGCACAGCUGAAGAGUUUUCCAAUAGACUUGCAAAAGACGCUCAUCGCUACGGCAUGAAGGGGAUGGCAGCGGACCCAGAGGAAUAUGAAAUGGGUGAGCUCUCUCGUCUGGCUGAGAUUGACAACUCUUUAGCGAUCUUCUGCAUGGCCACGUAUGGAGAGGGCGACCCCACUGAUAAUGCUCAAGACUUCUAUGAUUGGCUACAGGAGGGCGAUGCUGACCUCAGUGGAGUUAAAUACACAGUGUUUGCACUGGGCAAUAAGACAUAUGAGCACUAUAACGCCACGGGGAAGUAUGUGGACAAGAGGCUAGCAGAGCUGGGAGCGCAGAGGAUCUUUGACCUGGGAAUGGGAGACGACGAUGGAAAUCUCGAGGAGGAUUUUGUGUCGUGGAGAGAGCAGUUCUGGCCAGCUGUUUGUGAACACUUCGGAGUUGAAGCAACUGGUGAAGAAUCCAGCAUCCGCCAGUACGAGCUGAAGGUACACAGCGAUCUGAACAUGAAUAAGGUCUACACUGGAGAGCUGGGACGCCUCAAGAGCUUUGAGAACCAGAAGCCGCCGUUCGAUUCGAAGAACCCUUUCCUGGCACCAGUCACUGUGAACCGCAAGCUCAACAAGGGCGGCGAGAGGCAUCUGAUGCACCUGGAGCUGGACAUCACCGGCUCUAAAAUCAGAUAUGAAUCAGGAGACCAUGUUGCUGUGUAUCCCAUCAACGACACAGCCAUAGUGAACAGGAUUGGUGAUAUCCUUGGUGUGGACCUUGACAUUGUUAUCUCCCUCAACAACCUUGAUGAGGAGUCCAAUAAGAAGCACCCCUUCCCCUGCCCCACCACGUACCGCAGCGCCCUGACCCACUACCUGGACAUCACGAAUACUCCACGCACAAACGUGCUUUAUGAACUGGCACAAUACGCCACUGACCCCAAAGAUCAGGAGAACAUGCGGAAGAUGGCCUCCUCCUCACCCGAGGGCAAAGCAUUGUACCAGAACUGGGUGCUGGACUCAAGUAGGAAUAUUUUGGCUAUUCUUGAGGAUUUGCCGUCGUUGCGUCCUCCCAUUGACCACCUCUGUGAGCUCCUGCCGCGACUGCAGGCCCGCUACUACUCCAUUUCAUCAUCCUCCAAGGUCCACCCCAACAGCAUCCACAUCUGUGCUGUAGUGGUGGAGUACGAGACCAAGACUGGCCGUGUCAAUAAAGGAGUGGCCACUAACUGGCUGAAGAACAAGAUGCCCACCGACAACGGACACAAGGCUACAGUGCCCAUGUACAUCCGCAAAUCCCAGUUCCGCCUGCCCUUCAAGGCCACAAACCCAGUCAUAAUGAUCGGACCUGGAACUGGUAUCGCACCCUUCAUUGGCUUCAUUCAGGAGCGCGGCUGGCUCAAAGAACAAGGUAAGGAAGUUGGAGAGACCGAGUUGUACUUUGGCUGUCGUCACAAGAACGAGGACUUUCUGUACCAAGAGGAGCUCGAGGAGUUUGAGAAGACUGGUGUUCUGACGGCACUCAAUGUAGCUUAUUCCAGAGACCAGGCACAGAAGGUGUAUGUACAACAUCUCCUGAAGAACAACAAGGAGACUGUUUGGAAACUAAUCCACACAGACAAUGCCCACAUCUACAUCUGUGGAGACGCCCGAAACAUGGCCCGGGACGUGCAGAACGCCUUCUACGAGAUCGCCGAGGAGCUGGGAGGAAUGAGCCGCGCUCAGGCUGUAGAUUACAUCAAGAAACUGAUGACUAAAGGACGCUAUUCACAGGACGUCUGGAGUUAA